GUCGGCUGGAUACGAUAGGACAUAAAAGCACGUCCUAAAAAAGUCAACUAUAAAUGAGAUACUAUAUAGCGCCUACGCGAGGAUUUCUUUUCUUUUUUGGUAAAAAUCCAUACACCAUCUCUCUCUCACACGUAUGUAUACUCCAAUUUAGAAUGCCAUAACACAGCCUGAAUGAUUUGAUCUUGGUGUUGGUACCACUAGCAGCGUAUAGUGCCUAUGGAAAUUACAAACGAGAAAUGGAUAUAUCUCUAGUACGGAAACCUUUUUGGCCCGAGAUCGGCCGCUCAGCUUUGCCACGGUAAUAACCUCUCACACGCACGCACGGCCCCCUUUUUAUCUCUUCCCUCUCCUACCGUCCUACGCGCGUAUGAACACACUCAUUUGCUCCACACUCUCCCCCGCCCGCCUCCAUCCGUUCCUACUCCCACCCGAAAAGGAAAGAGAAGGACAGAUCGGGGAAAUCCGCGAUCCAUGGGCCGGACGCGCGGCGUCGGCAAUGGCCGCAGCAGCCCCUCCUUCCCCGUUGUCCUCCUCGUACUCGCUCUCGUCUCCCAGGCCGCCGACAUGGCGUCCGCGCAGUGGGACUCGCCGUCAGGCCGUGGGCCGAGCUACUUCAACCCGCAGAGCUUCAACCCGUCCAUGGCCGUCAUAAUCGUGGUGCUCGUCACCGCCUUCUUCUUCCUCGGCUUCUUCUCCAUCUACCUCCGCCGCUGCGCGGGGAGCCCGCUCGGCCCGGGCCCGGGCCCCGCCGGCGACCUCCUCGCCCUCGGCGCCGGCAGCGGGAUCACCUUCGCCGCGGGCGCCGCCGCCGCCGCCGUGCGGGGGAGGACGCCGCGCGGGCUCGACCCGGCCGCGCUCCGGGCGCUCCCGACCAUGGCGUACGCCGACGUCAAGGCGCACAGGGUCGGCCUCAAGGGCGAGCUCGAGUGCGCCGUGUGCCUCAGCGAGUUCGACGACCGCGACGCGCUCCGCCUCCUGCCGCGGUGUUGUCAUGCGUUUCAUGUGGAUUGUAUCGAUGCCUGGCUCGCGUCCCACGUCACCUGCCCCGUCUGCCGCGCCAACCUCGUCUUCCCCGAGGCUUCGGCGCCGGCUCCGGCUAUGGCCACCACGGUGGUACAGCCGCAGGAUGUCCUCCCGGCUGCGGCUGCGACGGAGGAAGUGCCCACGGCGCCGCCGGAGCCGGUGACGACGGUGGCGAUCGCGGUUGAUUCAGAGGAAACAGAGGAGGAGGCGGCGGAGCUGGUGCGCAUCGGCAGCGUGAAGCGCGCGCUGCGGAGCAAGUCCGGGCGGCCUCCUUCUCCCGCGCAGCCCGUCUUCCCGCGGUCGCACACCACGGGGCACUCUCUGGCCGUGGCCGCCGGGGGCGCGGCGGCUGAGAGGUACACGCUGAGGCUGCCGGAGCACGUGCUGCGAGAGGCGGUCGCGGCGGGGGAGCUGCGGCGCUCGAAGAGCCUCCAGGCGUUCCGGGACGGCGGGGACGGGACUAGCAGCAGGAGCGCGCGCCGCGGCUUAGGCUUCGGCUUCGGCGGCGCUGCGCCCCGCGCCGGGAGGAGCGUCCGGCUCGGCCAAUCCGGGCGGUGGCCCACCAUGUCGGCGCUCCUGGCGCGCACGUUCUCGUCCGCGAGGCUGCCGGCGGCGUGGGGCGCGUCCGCGCGCCGUGGCGAGGCCGACGACGCGCCCGGCAAGGUCGAAAGCAAUGCCGCCGCGGCCACGGGACAGCGGUGCGACGUCGGGGCCGGGGCCGCGUGCCCACUGCCACUUGGCGGCGGCCGCGUUUGACGUGGCGUUUUGAUGUGCUAAAGAGUAGUAGAAUUGCCUCUGUCCUUGUCGUUGUCGCUGUUAAUCCUCUUUGCAGAAGUAUUUUGUACAAAAACAGAUUUUUCAAAAACAUUUUAGUGGUUUGUUAAUCUCCAUUCGUUUGGUCUUUUAUAGUUGGAGAGGUGUAUACUUUUUUCUGGACUUGGAGUGAUAUUUUCUUGAAGUUUCAUUUGUUCACGGCUCGUCAAUGACAAGGUCAUGAGAUACUGAUCUA